CCGUCCGUCAAGUUAAAUCACACAUCAGCUUAAUAAUAUAUAGUAUUAAGUCGUGUGUUGAUAAUACCCCCAACUCACUUUAUUAACUAACAAAUGAUAAAUACUAAUAAUAAAAUCAAAUGAAAUUAUUAUUAAUUAGCAGUGAUUGUUAGUUAGUGCAGUGUCAAUAAUUCAAAAAUUUAAAUAAUUCAAAAUGCGUGAAAUUUUGUGUUUUCGCGGUAUUUUAAUAUCUGCUAUUUUAGUGAGUUACAGUUUAUUAAUAUGGAAUACAAAUGCAUUUAAUAUCGAAACAAGACACUAUACUACUUAUCAAAAAGAAUCUAAAUCAAUGUUUGGUUUCUCUGUCGCUGAAUAUCGUGAUCACAGCAAACGUGGAUGGGUCAUCGUAGGAGCACCGGAAGCACAAACAUCACAACCAAAUGUAUUUCGUGGUGGUGCUGUUUAUCGAUGCGACAUUGCUGUAGACGACAGUUGUAUACCUGUUGAAUUUGAUCGCAAAGAAAACAAUUACAUUAAAAAUCCAAAUCCACCUUACAAUCUUAUACAAAUCGACAAUAAGACACUACAGUGGUUUGGUGCAACUGUUUCUACAUCUCUCGAGGACGGAGGACCGAUAUUGGCUUGCGCGCCGAGAUACGUUUUUUUUUCGGUGUCGCAAUCGAAAAAAGACUUCGGCGAUAGCUCGAGACAAUCGAUCGUGGGAAAUAGACGGGAUCCAGUCGGCACUUGUUGGUCCACAAAUUUCACGACUUCAACUGAGUUUUCGCCAUGUCGUACUCGAAAUUUUGGGUAUCACAGACAAGGAUACUGCCAAGCUGGUUUAGGUGCUGCAGUCUCCCGAGACGGAGAGAGAAUUUUCAUCGGCGCACCAGGAAGUUGGUACUGGCAAGGUCAGCUGUACUCAGUGAUGAGAAGAUUGGAUAAUUUUCCCUUUGUACCUCCAGGAAAUUCUUCAUUCGGUGUUUUUCAAGGACAAACUUACACGCAGUUGCUAAAUAAUCGGGGUAAAGUUAUGUUUACUAAAGAAGGUUCUCCAGAAGAAGAUGAUAGUUAUCUCGGAUAUUCUGUAACUACGGGUGACUUUAUUGGUAAUGGAGACAGUGGUUCUGCUGUUGGUAUGCCAAGAGGAUUUGGAUUACAUGGCAAAGUGAUACUUUUGACGUCAAAUAUGACGAACCACCAGAACAUAACCGGGGAACAAAUGGGCGGUUACUUCGGCUACGCACUAGCUUCCGGUGACAUCGACGGCGACGGACUCGACGAUUUGCUCGUUGGCGCUCCAAUGUACACGAUACCAGAGAACCCGGAGAUGAAUUACGAGACAGGGCGAAUUUACAUCUUCUACGGCAAGGGCCCGGACAAAUACCGUCAAUUUGUGACCAAAGACGGCGAAAGCAACAGAGGCCGUUUCGGUUUGUCCAUAGCCUCCCUGGGAGACAUCGACCGCGACGGGUACGGAGACUUCGCCGUCGGCGCCCCUUACGGCGGACCAGAAGGCCGGGGAUCAGUUUACAUUUACCACGGCUCCCGCGACGGCGUCCAAGAAACUUAUUCCCAAGUGAUCCACGCCCAGGACCUCAGCAACCGGGUCUCGACCUUCGGGUUCUCGGUCGCUGGCGGCCUUGACCUCGACGGGAAUCUUUACCCCGACAUGGUCGUGGGUUCCUACGACUCGAGCACCGCGAUGUUCUUCCGCUCAAGGCCCGUAAUCAAGAUGGUACCGCAGGACACCUUCGUCGAGUUCGGAUCCUCAUCUAAACUGAUAUCACUGGACGAUAAAGACUGCACGCUCUCCGACACAACACCUGUUACUUGUCUUCCUCUCAAGGCCUGUUUCAUGUACACCGGCGACGGUGUUUUAUCCAGCUACGACUUCAACGUCCAGUAUGUACUCGAUGUAAAAAAGACCAAGAGUCCAAGACUUUUCUUUUUGGAACACGAGGGCAAGCACACUCUCAAUCACACGAUUACUGUUGAUCGCAAUCAGCAAUUCUGCCGCACUGUUAGAGUUUACGUAACGCCAAGUAUUCGUGAUAAAUUAACAUCUCUGGAUGCUGAAAUGCGUAUGAGUUUAGCUGAGGAACGUUGGACAGACCCACGGCCACGCGAUCCUCGGAUUCCAUUGCGACCAGUCCUAGCAACGACGUCAUCACGAAAAGAUACCUUGUCAAUACGUAAGAAUUGUGGCGCUGACAAUAUCUGUACUCCUGAUCUACAGCUAACAGUGACACCAAACGUAAAUCGUUAUCUCUUGGGGUCUGGUAACCGCUUGGAAUUUGACGUACUGGUGAAGAAUUCCAACGAGGAUGCGUUUGAAGCGACCUACAACCUGAUGCUGCCACCAGGCGUUGAUUAUAUCAAGAUCGAGCGGAUAGACAAGGCAGAGAUUCCUGUCCAGUGUUCAGCGCCGAAACAAUCGAACAACAAUACCCUCAAGUGCGACAUCGGCAAUCCGUUGCCCAAAGGUAAUCUCGUGCACUUCAAUGUUCUUCUGCAACCUGUCGAUGUCCAUGAUGAGAAGUCUUCCUACGACUUCCGGAUGUAUGUGAAUUCGACGAACGCCGAGCCUCUGGAGACGACAGCCGACAACUCGCAGCAUCUUUCAUUAGAAAUUUGGGUGGAAACCGAACUGCUGAUUGAGGGUGAAAGUAAACCUAAAGACGUUUAUUAUAAUCCAGAUAAUUACACAGUCAUUAAUGCGACGACUGACGUCGAAUAUGGCCCGGCGUUUAUUCAUAAUUACACGAUACGCAACCAAGGACCCUCGAGGAUUGAAGAAGCUGAGAUCUUUUUAAUUUGGCCAGCCGCUACUCUGGCUAAAGAUGAUCUAGUUUAUUUACUAGAGCAGCCUGAAACUACUGGGCCUUUAGUUUGCGCUACUGCUAAUUCAAAUCCGCUGAGUUUGAAACUUGAGCAACGCAGAAGACAGUAUAUUCACUAUUCGAACACGGGUGUUGUUCAUGAACAUUUAAUUGGGUCAGGUAAAACUAUUAAUGUACAUACUGGUUAUGAAAUGCCCACUGAACAAACUAAUAAGCAUUGGAGAAUAUCAUCAUCUUCUUCUUCAUCUGGAUCUUCUUUAUCAACAGGAGUUGGAUCUUCUGUGUCGACAGGAUCUGGAUCUUCUGUAUCAACAGGGUCUGGAUCUUCUAUAUCAACAGGGUCUGGAUCUUCUAUAUCAACAGGGUCUGGAUCUGUAUCUAGAGGAUCUGGAUCCAGUUCAUCUGGUUCAGGCUUUGGUUCUGGUUACGAAACUUCAUCAAACGAAAAACACGUAAUAAUUCAUACAGAAACAGGUGGUAGCAGUCUAGGAAUAAGUGAUGCCAUGGGUACGAUCCAUACCACAAAAGAACCCUUGCUACCAGACUUACACGACGACAAAAUUUGGCAAACGGGUCGUAAUUUCUAUGACAAAAAUGAAACCCAUUCAAUUUACCACUCGAGCAAUGGAGACUCUGUUAUCGACGACAGGUACAAACAAACCGGAGGUUCAAACACAAACAUCAAAGUCACGCAGACUUGGUCCGAGUCCCGGGACGAGGGAAAGCAGCAAUUUGAUGAUCAGGCCAGAAGAUUUGAGCAAGAAACGAGACGAGAAGAAGAAGAACGCAGACGUCUUGAAAAAAUCCAAGAACAGGCACAAAAUAACUAUAACUCCCGUGAAUUUAUUUAUGGCAAUGAAAAAAAGUAUCAAGAUGAUAAAUUUGGAAAGCAGGGAUUCGGUGUCCGACUGCGGAACAUAACCUCGACUCAGGAACUAGAAAAAUUUCUGGGUACUCUGCAAGAUUCUGUAGGUUAUGAAGUUUACCACCGGGAGGGUAAGAGAUUCCUGCAGUUUUUAGGAAGAUAUCGAGUGUCUGAAGACGGUAAGGAAUUCGUCGAGUUCAAGGACGGCUCGAUAUUUCCAUUGGAAAAUCGCUUCGGGGAACAGAGUUACGGCUCGCAGAAUACCGACAAUGAUAAGAGAUACAUGCAAUUGGAAGGACAGAUCAUCAAAGGGGAAGAUGGUAAAGCUUACUGUCGUCUUGAUGACGACAGACGGUUUCCGUUACAGAGCACGUGGUAUGAAGAAAGGACUUAUAAUUUAGGAAGUAAUUUAAAUGGACAGGGAAUUAAUCAUGGGGGUGUGGAGAGACACGAGUCCACUUACACUAGAAUAAAUAGCAAUAAUAAUGGGGGUGAAUUUAUUGAGGGCAGUGUUAAAACCCAUGGCAAUUGGAAAGAAACGACGAAUAGACACUAUGGGAAGAAGAUAGAAACUUAUGAAACGCGGCUGGAAAGCAAGGUGGAGAACCAAAAUGAAGAACGAGGUAAUGAUGAUAAUGACCAAGAAGAAUACUAUGAUGAUGAGGAAGACAAUUAUGAAGACGACUCGCGUUAUACGCGUAGUAUAGAUUUUGAUAAUAAGAAGACUAGGAAAUCUAGAGUCAAAAGAGAGUUUGAAGGUUAUGAGGAAGUCAAAGACCCGGAAGAAAUUAAGGAAGAAAAAAUAUUGCCAUUGUGUGAGGCUGCAAGAUGCGUGCGCCUGCGCUGUACACUGGGGAGGUUAGAAAAGGAUGAAGAAGUUUCGAUUAGUGCGAGGUACAGAGUCAAGGGGACGACGCUGAAGAAAAUUGCGGCGGAUGAAGCGGUGAAAAUUUCUACGCAGCUGGUCGCCAGGGUUACGAAGCUGCCAUUUAUUGGAAAACCAGCGGGCGAAGUUGUUAAGAGCCAUGAAGUUUAUACUAAUGUUGAACCUACUGCCAGAGCACCCGAACCGGAUGUUGUGCCACUCUGGGUUGUUGUGUUGUCAGCUUGUGCUGGAACUAUUAUUUUACUGCUGCUUAUCUUCUUACUUCAUAAGUGCGGAUUCUUCAAAAGAAAUCGACCAAGUGAUGUACCUGAAAGACAACCAUUGAAUCGUAAUGGACAUUUUCAACACGGGGACGAUCAUCUCUAAUAUUAAUAAAUGACUAAAUUAAAAAUUAUAACGAAAUAUUAUUUGUACAUAAGUACUGCGAUGUGCCUUGACUUAAAAGUCAUAUAUCACAAAUAUUAAUAUAUAAUAAUAAUAGUAGUAGUAGUAAUUUAAAAUUUUUAAAAUAAGCAAUAAUUACUUAUUACUAUUAAUUUAUAAAACCAUCGAAUCUUAAAUUUUAAUUAACGCAUAAUUACGUGCCUUUGCUAAUGACCAAUUUUUAUAUAGAUAUUUAAUUAACGUUUUUAUUUUCUUAAUUAAAAACUCCGAUUGAAAAACUCUAAUCAGAUUUAAUUGGAGUUUUUAAUUAGAAUUCUAUUUAAAAAUUUAUAAACUGCCCGACGUACUUCUGCAGUAAAUUUUUACAAGUUUC